AUGUUUGUCGAAACACUCAUCAAAGUGCUGGAAUUCAUCGUAAGUGCAUUACAGAUCAAAAAUGCGAUCUUGAGACUUUUGGUUGAAGCUUGUAUGGCGAUGAUCCCAAGUCAAAAGACAAUUAUUCAAUAUGUUGAAGAACCAACUUAUUAUUACAAAGAAGAACCUGAGGAGUCAGAUUUUAAAAUGUUGGAAACCGAAGUCUUACCAAAACCCAAUUUGGAUAAAGUUCCUGAAGAAUAUGAUCCCUACCAAUGUACCUUAGCUCCAAAAUUUCGUGAGAUCGCGAGUGCUGAUUUGCGUGAAGAUGACACGAUUCGAGCUCAGGCCUUAACUCAAAUGCGCGAAUGGAUUGCCAAACAUCCUCAUAUCAAAAAAUGUCGAACUGAUGCCGUUUUCCUGCUUCGCUUUCUCCGUACGAAAAAAUUCUCCAUCCCAGCUGCCUGCGAAAUUCUCGAACGUUAUAUGACAGUUCGUCAAAUCUACCCGCAUUGGUUUCAAAAGCUCGACAUUGAAGAUCCCGACAUCGAAGGCAUCAUCACGAGCGGAUAUCUUGUCCCGCUGCUCGAACGCGACGAUCAUGGGCGUCAAGUAAUCCUCUCGUGCGCUGGGAAGUUUGACACUUCACGUUAUACGUCAGCGCAAAUGGCGCGAGCUCACAGCUUGGUAUGCGAAGUCUUGCUUGACGACGAGGAGAAUCAGGUUGCCGGUUAUACGCACAUUAAUGACGAAUCGGGACUCACAAUGAGCAUCCUUAGUUUGUGGUCUCUGGUCGAUCUCAAAAAUAUGCUCAAAUGUAUUCAGAACAGCACCCCAAUGCGACAUCGUGAAACGCAUUUCAUCAAUUUGCCGCCAUUUGCGAUGAAAUUUAUCGAUUUUGGCAUGUCAAUUAUCAGUGAGAAGCUUAAAAAUCGGGUUGUGCUCCAUAAAAGCUUGGAUGAGCUCAAAGCGAAAGUAAAUCCAAAAAUUUUGCCGAAGGAAUAUGGAGGCACUGUUCCAAUGGCGGAAAUGAUUGAACAGUUUAAAGCAAAAUGUCGUCGAAAUCGGUUGAAAAUUCUCGCGUUGGAUGACAUGCACAUUGAGAUCACGAAAAAUAGCCCGUAUUGGCAGGAAGUUGAAGACAAUGAGAUUGACAGCGGCAUGUGCGGAAGCUUCCGAAAACUUCAAGUUGACUAAAUUCAUAGAGAAAAUUUUGUAUUGAUAACCACACCAAAACAUAAAUAAGUGCAAUUCACAUUCGUAAAGGACAAAUAGAAAACUCGAUCAAGUUACUGUGAUUCAAAAAAAAAAUUUACAAAAAAUGCGAUUAGUCGCAAAAUGUCACGGAUUAUUUUUGCACACAAUACUUUUCAAAGACACGCACACACACACACACACACAAACCUCAUCGUUUAUCGAAAGUUCAUAGAAUUGAUGACAGAUGUCAUAAUUUUCGUUAAAAUCAAAGUUUUUAAAGAAA